AUGAGCCCGGCAACAUCUUACACUCUGCGCCCUCUAGAGCGCAAUCCUCCGAGCAUUCCCAGUAACGCACUCGAGGGCGGCGCCUUCCGUGUUCAUCUAUCACAGAAAGAGCUGAAAUCGUUGGGGCUUGUCAAUGGCGAUUGUGUACGGCUGAGUACUGCUGCCGGUUUCAAAGGUUAUGGAGUGGCCUGGCUAGCCUCGCAGACAAAUCCUGGCAACAAGCCGAUCGCCAAGGUGUCUGAUCUUUUGCGAGAGCAAUACGACCUCUCGCUUAAUGAUCCCGUCUUCAUUGAGAAGGUAGACUCCUGGAAGCCUCUCAAAUCCAUAGAGAUCAGUCUCGCAGAUGCACCAAACCAAACUGCCAAGUUCAGCUCGAAUGAGCAACUUUUGUAUUGGCUACGACACACUUUAGUGGACUCUGACAUUAUUCUUCCGGGAUGCAGCUUUCCAGUUCAGCAAAAAGGCUUCAAGCAGAAGAGCCAAAAGUUGCGUGUCACUGUGCAGAACAUUGAUCCGUUGCCAACUGAGAAGCACGCGACCUAUUUCGACGAACUUACUACUGAAGUUACUACCACGGGUGAUAUCCCUACUCAGCAGACCCCGAGAGCUUCCAAGCAGGUUCUCCAGGUAAGGGGCGAUGGCAUCGGCGGACUUUCUGCUCAUAUUACUACGAUGAACAAGCGCCUCUCUUACCUCACAAACACUCUACCUCAUCAACGCGACGUUCGCCUUUGUGGACCUACUUCUUUCUUACUACACGGCCCCGAGGGUACAGGCAAAAGUCUUCUACUAGAACGGCUAGCGGAAUGCCCAUGGCAAGAAGUGUACCGAGUAGAUCCAGACACGCAUCCGAAAGGACAAGCUAAGGCAAUAUCCGAUGCUUUCGAGGACGCUCGUGACAAUCAACCGAGCUUGAUCAUCAUGGAUAACCUCGACAGGUUUCUCGAAAAAGCUGAGACGCUUGUAAACAAGCUGCGGGAUGAGUUGUCCAAGCUAGGUGGUAGCCAAGUGGUCGUGGCAGCAGCAGCGCGUAGCAUAUACGACGUUGACACCAGGUUACGAUCACCGUCAGCUUUCAAAACGAAGCUAGAGAUCUUUCCACCCAACACCAAUCAGCGAGAAGAUAUUCUCCGACAAAUUCUGGGCACUACGAGCAAACUUGGAGACCUUGACUUCCCAGCGCUGGCAGAGCGCACACACGGUUUCGUCGGACGCGACAUUCACGAUCUGUGUCUUCUCGCCCGAGACCGACGCGAACAGCAGAUAGAUGAGACGAUAAGCGAGGAAGAAAAGACCACCUUUGGCGAGAAGCUUGAGCAAACAGACUAUGUUUGUCAGGAAGAUUUUGAUGCCGUAUUCGGAGAGGUACAACCGACGGUCCUCAAAGAUAGCAUUCUAGAAGUGCCCAAGGUCCGAUGGACAGACAUCGCCGGUCUGGAUCAUGUUCGCGCUGUGCUUGAAGCCAUUACUAUCCGUCCGUUCAAGUAUCCUGACCUUGACAUCAAAUUCGGCGGCCCUCAAUCCCGAAAAGGCGUUCUACUCUAUGGCCCGCCCGGCUGCGCGAAGACUCUGAUCGCACAAGCGGUUGCGACGGAGAGUAAGCAGAACUUCCUCGCGGUCAAAGGCUCUGAACUCAUCAAGAUGUAUGUGGGCGAGUCCGAGCGAGCUAUCCGGGAUGUAUUCCGUAGAGCACGCGCGGCAAAACCGUGCAUCAUCUUCUUCGACGAAAUCGACUCCAUCGGCAAGUCGCGCGAGAAGACGCAGGAUAGCGGUCUCAACGUCGUUACAACGCUACUAAACGAGAUGGAUGGUAUUGAAGCACUCAAGGAUGUGUUCAUCAUCGGCGCGACCAAUCGGCCUGACAUUCUCGACUCGGCGCUCAUCCGUACCGGUCGUUUCGAUGCUCAUAUUCACAUCGGCCUUCCGACUGAAGAAGCGCGGAGGCAGAUCCUGCAAAUCCAUACGAGAAAGAGACCGCUUGCAGAGGACGUCGAUCUCGAUGUUGUUGCCAAGAAGACAGACGGGAGCAGUGGAGCAGAUAUCAGUGGAUUGUGCGCUGUCGCUAUCGAGUUGGCGAUUACGGACUACACAAUGGAUCCCAACAGCGAGCCGAGACUGUACAUGCGACAUUUUGAGCAGGCGCUGCAGCAACACGUCCCACAUACCAUUGCGGAUGAAGCCGAACGGUACAAGAACUGGCGGCCAGGCACGUCGCUGUCGGAGCCGUCGAAAUCGGAGAAGUAA